AUGGCCCACGGCACGCUGCCCGCCGCCCCGCCGCAGGCCUGGGCCGAGCGCGGCGCCGCGGACCCGCACGGCUACAGCAGCAGCUCUCCCGCGGCAUCGCCCGACUCGUGCGGACUCGCGUCCCCCGCCGCGGCCCGGGGGCCCCGCCGCGGGCACGGCAGCCGCCCCCGGGGCAGGAGGGCGCUGCGGGGCGGCGCGGCGGCGGGGCUCCCGCGGCAGAGCGCCAGCGAGCGGGAGAAGCUGCGGAUGCGGCGGCUGGCGCAGGCCCUGCUGCGGCUGCGGCACUACCUGCCGCCCGCGCUGGCCCCCGCCGGGCAGACCCUCACCAAGAUCGAGACCCUGCGCCUCGCCACGCGCUACAUCGCCCACCUGUCCGCCCUGCUGGGGCUCGGCCGCGGCGCGCCGGCCCCCCGACACUGUCCCCUGUGUCCCCGGGGCCUGGGCUGCUGCCGGGACGCGGAGCCCCGCGGUGCUUCGCCGCCCGGCGCCGCGGGCUGGGGCUCUGCUGCCGUGGCGGGGAUGCCCCCGGAGCCGCACGGGGCCCCCGGCCUCGGGACGGGUCCCUGGGGGUCGCCGCUCUGCAGCCCUGCUGCGGGCACGGCCCCGCAGGUGCCUGGGGCUCCGGAGCUGGGCCUAGAGACCUGGGGGUCACCGCCCUACACCCCUGCUGCAGGGACCCUCCCAGAGGCACUCGGGGGUCCCAACAUCGCCAUGGAGACCUGGGGGUCUCCCUCCUACAUCCCUGCAACCGGGACCCCUCCAGAGGUUCUUGUGGUUUCCAACAUCCAGACGGAGACGUGGGGGCCACCCCCGUACCUGCCCGCGCUGGGGACCUCCUCAGCGCUGAACAAGGCUGUCACCUCCGCUGCGUCACCCUGGCUGACCCCUCCCCACCCCGCAGGGGCCGGGGCCCCCCCGGAUCUCCCCGGUGAUGUCCUGGACACGGGACUGCUGCUGCCAGAGUUUGUGGGCACAGGGACAGUCACCCAGGAUGUCUCUGCAGAGGACCUGCUCUCGCUGCUGGAGGCUCUGCUCCCAGCACAGCCCUGGCACUGACCCGGGCGAGUCCCCGGGCCUGGCGCAGCCGCGAUGCCCGUCUGGAGCCCUGCAGCCUGGGGACACGCGGCCCUUGGGGCAGCUGCAGGAACAAGCUGCCCGUGGGAGCCUGGAGCCGUGCUGGACGCGCCGGGCGCGGCUGGAUGUGAAUAAACCCUUGUGCCCUC